CUUUGCCCAGCCGCCGCCGCCGCCAUGUGCUCAUACCGCCGCUCCCCCUGGUCACCUGCUCCUCCGCGCAGUAGUGCCGGCCUACGCCGGCGUGUACUCCUCCGAGGUGGAGGAGGAGGCCUGCUCCUGGUGGUUGACGCCGUUGGGGAGACGCCGGGCAGCCUCGCCAUGGGGAACAUUUACCCAUGUGCGGAUGAGGCAUGGCCUCCGAUUCGCCGCCGUCGUCGAGUUCCAGCGAGCGGGGGCCUGCGCCGGUGGUGCACGGGUGGCGGAUCCGCCGGCUUCCGCGCCGGAUUCGAAGAUGGGGUCGAAUCCGCUCCGUGCCGCCGUGGCCUGGUGCUGCAGACCGCCGCUGCCGUCACUGUUGAAGAAGGGGGCCGCGCCUCGUCGUGCCGCCAUGGUGACCUCGGUCGUUCCAGACGAAAAUUUCGGAAAGGGUUGGCGCCGGCGGGAUUGGAUUUGUAAUUGCCCUCCCUCACAAUCCGAAUAAAACUCUUGCAGAAUCUCAGUGCAAUCCCAUAUCCCCUAUUCCCCUCCCUCAAAUAAAUAAACAGCCCUCCUUCACUGCGGAAGGGAGACGCCGGAGGCUGGAGGGGAUUUGUGGCAAGGAGAGAGAGAGGGAGAGGGAGAGGAAGAGGGAGAGAGAGAGAGACCGCCGUGCGGCGGGUCUGGAUUUAGAUUGAAAUUCCACUGGAGGGAGCGAGGAAGGGAGAGAUCUAGGUACGCAUGGGGCUUGUGGAUCUCAUGCAGCACAUGUCCAUGGAGCGGCAGCAGGACAGCCGGCGACGGCGAGCUCAAGCAACUAAUGGAUUGGUUGCUUCACGGGACAAAAUAAAGGCCUCGCCCUGUCAGCGUGAUAAUGAUUCUCAGGGUGGUGAACUUGACAUACAGAUACCAAACCUUCCAGAGGACAUCUGGCUGUCAUAUACAUUCCCUGAUGCCAAUGCGAGAUGCUGCCCAAGCUGCGUGUGUCUCUCAUGCUUUUCUACAAUCUUGGAGAUGCCAUCCCAACCUUAUUUUCUGUGGUACAACACUGGGUAUGAAUAAAAAGGCCUGUGGAAAUGACGAAAUUGCUAGAGAUUUUUCUAGCAAAGUUGACCACAUCCUGAAAAAUCACUCGGGCAUUGGUGUCAAGAAACUUGUGAUUGACAUGAGUGGAUAUUGCACUGCCAGCGAUUCUUGUCAUCUCAACCGCUGGCUUCUGACUGCUGUUACACCAGGAAUUGAAGAACUUGCACUUACAGUGCCAAUGAUGAAAACAUACAAUUUCUCAUGCUCUCUUUUGUCUAAUGGGAGUGGUGACUCAAUUCAGCAUCUCCAUCUUAGUGGUUGCUCCUUCCGGCCCACACCGGAACUUCCUUUCUUUAAAAGCUUGACUAAAGUGCAGCUUCAUGUUGUCUCUUUUACCGGGGAUGAGUUAGGGUACCUUCUAUGCAAUUCUUUUGCGUUGGAGCAGUUGGCAAUCAGGUAUUGUGAUGAGAUAGUUUGCUUGAAGAUCCCUUGCAUGCUGCGGUGGCUCAGGUGCCUAGAGGUUGUUUCCUGUUGCAGUCUGAAAGUGAUAAACAACAAAGCUCCAAAUAUAUUCAGCUUCUUUUACGUUGGAGGGCAAAUUCAACUCUCAAUUGGAAAAGCAUUGAAAAUGGAGUACAUAUAUUUGCUCUUCUCGGGUGCACUUCAUUAUGCUUGUGUUGCACUUCCAUCCAGCAUGCCAAACCUUAAAGUUGCUACUAUAAAUUCGACAAGUGAGAUGGUCAAUACGCCAAUGUCGCACAGCAAGUUUCUCCACCUCAAGAAGCUAAGUCUUGCUUUUGUUGCAAGGAUGUUUACUCCGGCUUAUGAUUAUUUUUCUCUAGUUUCUUUCCUUGAUGCUUGUCCUUCCUUGGUGACACUGUUCUUGGAUGUAUCCCUUGAACGCCUUACGCUGGAGACCUAUCAGAGCCGUAUUAAGUGUUCUGUGCCUGCUCACAGAAGUCUCAAGUGCUCCCCACUGCCCAUUGAUGUUCUCAGGGAAGCUCAACGAGGACUCUUGGCUAUCAGGACAUACAUUGAGCCUAAAGUUCCUUCCAUGGUAGAGCUUCAUGUUGUUGAGCCUUGCCGCUGGUGCCAUGCUGUUGUUGAACUUUAGAUGCAUAGCUCAGUAUUCAAUGUUUUAUUAUCUACUAGUCUUUGGGAAGUGUCAUUGUUUCUUCAAGCUAUUAAAAGUGUUCAUUUGUAGCACUUGUACUUGAACGCCUGUGAUGCUGUUUCCAGUUAACUUUGUCGCAAGUAUUUGGAUUGGGACUGCCAUCCAUGGUGAUCA